AUGGAGAAACACGAGCAGGAACAGCAAUACGAGACGCUCAACCUAAAGCGACGCAUCUCCUCACUGAUCAAGUCCAUCUCCCCGCCUCCCCGCACUCGCACACGACCAGAAACACAACCACAAGUGUCGCUCUCCGCCCUCGAGGCCGGCCAAGUAUCGACCGACAACCACCUGCAGACCAUCUCCGCACACCUCCGCAAAUACGCCCCCAACCCCCCUCACGCUCAGACAACAACACCACAACACAGCACCGAAUCCAAUCCUUGUACCAAUCCAUCUCCAAAUCCAUCCCCAAAUUCGAGGCUUCCAAUCCUCCCCCUCGACGCCUGGAGCACCCUCUACACAUCCAACGCGCACCAGGCGGGAAACCACUUCGUCAUCCACCAACACGACCACCCGAUCGCCGGGCCGCACUAUGACCUGCGUCUGCAGAUCUCGGCCUCCAGCUCCGUCAGCUGGGCAAUCAUGUAUGGUCUACCGGGGGAUCCGAAUUCGAAAAGGGCGAAUCGCAAUGCGACCGAGACCAGGGUGCAUUGCUUGUGGAACCACCUCAUCGAAACGGCCUCUGCGAAGACGGGGAGUAUGAUUAUCUGGGAUACCGGGGUUUACGAGGUCCUUCCGCGCCGGGCGAGCAAGCGGGAACCCGAGACGGAGACGGAGACAGACUCGGCAUCCGAUACGCGCUCUACACACCAGUCUACGCCCAAUGCCUCUUCGCCUGGUGGCAGUGGCAUCACAGGACCCCACAAACCAACAGAAAGCGAAAAACUCCGCAAGGCAUUCCAGAAUCACAAAAUAAACCUCCGCCUCCACGGCACGCGCCUACCAAAGAACUACACCAUUUUCCUGCGCCGCGACAAGACCGAUUUCCGGGGUCCUGCUACACCAGCUUCGAUAUCAGCGACGCCGAAAAAGAGGAGGCGGCAGAAGGAUGCUAUGGAGAAGAAGAAGCGGACUGAGCCGAGUACGUCGGAUUCAGAUUUAGAUGCCAAUCAUGAUACCGGGUCUGGGAUAACGGGGUCUGAUGGAGUUUCCUCGUCGGGGAAACGGAAGCGCGGGCAGGGUCAUGACGACGAGGAGGUAGAUGACCACGAACAUGAGCAUGAGGACGCCGAACACUCCGAUGCAGAUGAUAAUAAAUCAAACCCCGACUCAGACUACCUAAUCCGCCUGCACAACGCCUAUCCCGGCGCAGUCAAUGACGUCGGCUCAGUACACCAGAGACGGUGGUUCAUCGGGCUCGACCGGGUCGGAUGCGGAUUCGUUCGCGAGGCGCGAAAGGACGAGUCCGGUGUCGUGCGGAGACGAUGGGUGCGCGGAGUUGAUAAGCGGUCUGGGCAAUUAACUGGGUUUGACCCGUUUUAUGUGCGCGGGCCGGAGGUUGAGCGGAGUGUUGUUACGGGGCGGGUCGGUGGUGAUGUACUCCGCGAUGAGGGGGUGCAGGGGUUUGUACCGAGGCGGGGGUGGAGGGCUGUUACAUACUAA